AUGAGAUCGCCCCCUGCGCAGCAACACCCCUACAUUCCGAGUGUUUUGCAUCCCCCCAAAGACCCUAACCCGGACUACUUGGUGUUCUCCAAAGAAGAGAUGGACAUGAUCGUCAAAGAAUCGGAGCUAGCGGGCGCCCCAGUGUCAGCGCACUGCUGCACAUUGAAGGGCGCGAUGGCAGCCAUCGAGGCCGGGGUCAACACCAUUGAGCAUGUUUACUUUGGCACCGAUGACAUGUUUAUGCGUAUGAUUGACAAGGGAGUCAUAAUGGUGCCUACUCUUGCGAUUGCAGAAAAGCUGUACGCCCAAUGGUUUGACCAGAUACUAAAGCAAGUCAAACGGGCGCACGACCUUGGAGUUCGCCUAGCUUGUGGUGGUGGCACGGGAACCUAUCCGCAUGGCGACAAUGUUCGGGAGCUAGAGUUGAUGAUCGAGGCCAGUAUACCAGUAGUUGAUAUGUUGGAGCCCUGCACUGUAGGGGGUUGGGAGGACGAGAUUGAGACUUUGAUCUUCUCGGACAAGAAUCUGUCAUGGAACGCCGUCGCACUAGAGAACAGCGGCCUUGGUUUUGAAGAUGGCUCACUGCUUAUUGACGACAUGCUUGUCGACGACCUCAACGCUCUCCAAUGGGCUCCAGACUGGAAUCUUGUUUUUGGUGAGAUUCUUUAG